AUGUGGGGACAGCUUGGAGGCUGUGGGGGCACCUGCAGCAGCCGGGAUGUAACGGGGCAGCUGGGUUUUCCUGCAGCCAAAGGCGGGAAUUCCAAGAAGGUGGAGGAGGAAGAGGAGAUCGACAUCGACCUGAACGCUCCCGAGACGGAGAAGGCUGCGCUCGCCAUCCAGGGCAAGUUCCGACGCUUCCAGAAACGGAAAAAGGACUCGGAGCCCUGAGCAGCCUC